CUUUUCGCUGCGUGUUACGUGACAUUCUGGGAGCGUAGCGCGGCGCUGGUCGGAGCGGAGCUGAGCUGGGCAGGAGGAGGUUCAGGGUUUGUGAGGAGUUUAGAGGAGAAAUCAGGCUGAGCCGCGGUGAGGAGCGACUCUACGGACAGCGCGGAAGAUGGCUCAUUUACACCAUGACCAUGCCACUAUGCCUCCCCCAAUGGUCACAGACCCUCACGCCGGCCACACAACGGGUCACGAGGGCUCUGGAGGCCAUGAAGGACAUGAAGGCAUGAUGAUGAAAAUGACUUUUUACUUUGGUUGCAAAAAUGUGGAGCUGCUCUUUGCUGGACUUGUCAUCAACACACCGGGAGAGAUGGUAGGCGCCUGUAUCGGGGUGUUUUUGUUGGCUGCGUUCUACGAGGGGCUGAAGAUCGGACGGGAAGUCCUGCUGAGGCGAAACCAAGUCAACGUGCGCUACAACUCUAUGCCAGUACCAGGAGCUGAUGGAACUGUACUCAUGGAAACUCACAAAACUGUUGGUCAACGAAUGCUAAGCCUGCCGCACUUGUUCCAGACUAUACUACACGUCAUCCAGGUGGUGGUCAGCUACUUCCUAAUGCUGGUGUUCAUGACCUACAACGGCUACCUCUGCAUCGCUGUAGCGGCCGGAGCUGGAGUGGGAUACUUCUUGUUCAGCUGGAGGAAGGCAGUGGUGGUGGACAUUACGGAACACUGUCAUUAACCCUCAGAUCGGCCAUGUUUUCUCUCUCUCUGUCUCUAUUUCUUUCCCACAUACACAAGCACAUGUUAAUCCACCAUCAGAAGUUCUGGAAAAGACACACACAUG